AAAAAAAAAAAAAGCUUCAAGGGCAGUAAAUUAACUGCUGUUGAGAGUUCUCGGCAUUUUGAGAUGAUCUGUUUCUUUCUUUGCUUUUAUUUCUUUGCUUUGGGCUUUGUAAGUGGCUCUUGAUCUGUGUGCGCUGCUAGUUUUUUUGGCCAGGAUGCCACAGGCUUCUGACCAUAAUUUAGAGGGCAAAAGAGGGCCUGUCAGAAGUAUUUCAGUCAUUUUCUGCUGAUUCACUUUUGAAUUUCUUGGGCUGCUCUGGGGGGUGGUUCAGGACUGUCAGGAUCAGCUUGCCUGCUCAGCACUUCCAGGAGCCUCCUUGCUCACCAAUGAGGAAGUUGAAAGCAACCAGGAGAAGGGCAGGCACUGGGGCGGAGCUCGUGGUGAAGUCCUGGCUGGGAUGACGGGGCAGGCUGACUUUCCCUAUGACAAAAAGCCUUUUGUCCAUGGAAAUAAAUACGGAAGUCCCAGAGGAGCAGCCUCCCCAGUCCGUGUGUAGUAAGGUGCGCAGCUUAGGCUGCUUCUGGGCAUAAAGCUCCACGGACUUUUUACGGUUGCCCUGGGCACACUAUCAUCGCACAAACCGGAAGGAGGGCACAGUGAGUGACCCGAAAGAGACCAAGUGCGCUCGCUCUUCGGCUGCGGAGUCUGCCUGCCCGGUCCUGUUGCUUUGCCUCCUGUAAGUUAGGAGCUGAUGGAGUGGAUAAGCUGAGAGAGCAGGGGAAGGUAACAAGUCAGAACUUCCACCGAGGGCAUUGCUGAGACAUGGAGGACGUUGGUAACUCUAGGAAUGGCAGUGAUGUCUCAGAACCAGAAAAACCCGAAGCUGGACUUGAAAUGGCUCAGUCGAUCCUGAGCAGGUUCUCUAUGAAAAGCCUGUUUGGGUUUACAAGUAAAUUGGAAUCUGUGAAGCCUGAAGAGGAAGAUGCAGUGCUGAAAGCAUUCCACAGUUUAGUCGUGGAUCCUGUACCUCAGCCUGAUGGUCCCAGCAAUGGCUCAGAUCAGCAGGAGGCAGCAGCUCAGGUGCCACCUGACCUCGGAAAUAGUGGCAAGACUGCCAGCGUGCGGAUGGAGAUGGAGUCAGAGGGAAAUCAGAGAACAGCAGAGGUGGGGAUUUCUCUCCCUGCUCAAGAACUUCUUCCACUCACUGCUUUGAGUGCAAGCAGAGAUGAUGUCAUUUUGGUUCGUGGGACCCUUGUGAACACCACCAGUGAUUCUGACUCUGAUGAUGGUGGCCAGGAGUCAGAAGGGGGAAGCAACACCAAUGGCCCAAAGUCCCCCAGUGUUGUUUUAUCUGAGCCAUCUCAGGAGCCCAAAGAAAAGCCAGGAGAUUGUAGGGAAAAGAUUACCACUGGGGAAAAGGAUGAUGCAGAGCCCUGUGCAGAAAAUCCUCAAAGGACUCCAACUGAGAUAAGUGGCAAACAGGAGUCUGGCGAUGGUGGCCUUCAGACAGAGCACAGCCCCGGCCAAGGGCAAGCUGGAGAAGAAGCUUCCCAAGUCCCACCUGCGAUAAUAGACCAGAACUUGAGUGUUGGUGUCACCGAGAACACCUCUUCUAAAAAAGAAGUCCCUGGAGAGAAGUCAUUCCAGCUUCCAGCUUUUUUUAGUGGGCUUCGUGUGCUGAAGAAGGGAGCUACAGCCGAGGGAGGGGAGACCAUCACUGAAAUUAAACCAAAGGAUGGGGACCUGGCUUUGCUCAAAUUGACCCAGCCUGUUCAGAAGUCCUUAGCGCAGGCAGGGCCUCAGACAGUGGAGGCUGGGCAGAAAACAACCGAUCCGAAGGCCCCUCCCAGUCUCUUGGAGCAGCUCUCGCAGCUGCUCAACAUUGACAUGCCCAAAGCUGAACUGAAGGCUGGAGACCCUGAGCAGCCAGGAGAAGAGAUGGGCCGCAGUGCUGCCCAGGAGAGCCAGAGCGGCCCCAGAGAAGCCCAAACCCAAAGUGGACAGGUCAAACCGAAGCCACCAGAGACUGCCCUGGAGGCAUUUAAAGCCUUAUUUAUUCGUCCUCCCAAAAAGGGGACCACAGCUGACACCUCUGAGCUGGAAGCUCUCAAGCGCAAAAUGAGGCAUGAGAAGGAGUCGCUAAGAGCUGUGUUUGAGCGGUCUAAGUCAAGGCCAGCGGAUGGCGCCUCUGAGUCCAAAAGCCCUGACCACAGCCCCACUGAGCAGGACGAUAGGACUCCUGGCAGACUCCAGGCUGUCUGGCCACCCCCAAAGACAAAAGACACAGAAGAAAAAGUAGGAUUGAAGUACACUGAAGCAGAAUACCAAGCUGCUAUUUUACACUUGAAGAGGGAGCACAAAGAAGAAAUUGAAAACCUGCAGGCUCAGUUUGAACUUCAGGCCUUUCAUAUCCGGGGCGAGCAUGCAGUGAUAACAGCGAGGCUAGAAGAAACCAUUGAAAAUCUCAAGCACGAGAUAGAACACCGAUGGCGAGGAGGACGUGAAGAGAUGAGAGAUGCAUGCAUCUCCACCGAUGAUGACAGCCCUCCAAAGACCUACAGAAAUGUGUGCAUCCAGACAGACAGAGAGACUUUCCUCAAACCCUGCGAAGGUGAAGGCAAGACACCCAGAAGUAACCAAAUAAUACCCAAAAAGCUGAAUAUUUCCUCUUUAAGCCAACUCUCUCCCCCAAAUGACGGCAGAGACAUCCAUGCUCCUCUUCAGUCUGUGGAAGGCAUCUCAUCGAGUCAGCAGAAGGCAUCGCCUCCCCCUCCUGCACCACCCCUACCAACACCCAUCCCUCCCCCUCCUCCCCUUCCACCUGGACUUGAACCUUUGCCACCAGCACCUCCACCACCACCUGCUAGUGCUGAACCGCCACCACCUCCGCCACCUCCUCUGCCCCCAAGUGUUGGGCCUCCCCCACCUCCUCCCCCACCACCACUUCCUAACUCCUCCACUCUGCCCAACAGUGGAGGGCCACCUCCUCCUCCAGCACCCCCAGGACUUGUGCCCCCACCUCCUCCUGGACUCUUCUUCGGAGUCAGCUCUUCUUCUAGCCAGUGUCCUCGGAAGCCAGCCAUUGAGCCCAGUUGUCCCAUGAAGCCUUUGUACUGGACUAGAAUACAAAUAAGUGAUAAGAGCCAAAAUGCUACACCAACCUUAUGGGAUUCCUUAGAAGAACCAGAUAUUCAGGAUACUAGUGAAUUUGAGUAUUUAUUCUCCAAAGACACAACUCAGCAGAAGAAAAAACCUCUGUCAGAGACCUAUGAGAAAAAAAACAAGGUCAAAAAGAUCAUCAAGUUAUUGGAUGGAAAACGAUCUCAAACUGUGGGAAUCUUGAUAUCUAGUUUGCAUUUAGAAAUGAAGGAUAUCCAGCAGGCCAUUUUCAAUGUGGAUGACUCUGUGGUUGAUCUGGAGACCCUGGCGGCCUUAUAUGAAAAUAGAGCCCAGGAGGAUGAAUUGGUUAAAAUAAGAAAGUAUUACGAGACAUCCAAAGAAGAAGAAUUGAAGCUGCUGGAUAAACCUGAGCAAUUUUUACACGAGUUAGCCCAGAUCCCUAAUUUUGCUGAACGUGCCCAGUGCAUAAUCUUCAGAUCUGUCUUUUCUGAGGGUAUUACCUCCUUGCACCGAAAGGUAGAGAUCAUCACACGAGCUUCUAAGGGCUUGCUGCAUAUGAAGAGUGUGAAGGAUAUUUUAGCUCUCAUUCUGGCUUUUGGAAAUUAUAUGAAUGGAGGAAAUAGAACUCGAGGACAAGCAGAUGGAUAUAGCUUAGAAAUCCUGCCCAAACUCAAGGACGUCAAAAGUCGGGAUAACGGGAUUAAUCUGGUGGACUAUGUCGUGAAAUAUUACCUGCGUUACUACGAUCAGGAAGCAGGAACAGAAAAGAGCGUUUUCCCCCUGCCUGAACCACAAGAUUUCUUUCUGGCCUCCCAAGUCAAGUUUGAAGACCUCAUAAAAGAUUUGAGAAAACUGAAGAGGCAACUAGAAGCAAGUGAGAAACAGAUGACGGUGGUGUGCAAGGAGUCACCAAAGGAGUAUCUCCAACCUUUCAAGGACAAACUAGAAGAGUUCUUCCAGAAAGCCAAAAAAGAGCAUAAAAUGGAAGAAAGUCACUUGGAGAAUGCACAGAAAAGUUUUGAAACAACAGUAGGAUAUUUUGGGAUGAAGCCAAAGUCUGGUGAGAAGGAGAUCACACCCAACUACGUGUUUAUGGUGUGGUACGAGUUCUGCAGUGACUUCAAGACGAUUUGGAAACGGGAGAGUAAAAACAUAUCUAAAGAGAGAUUAAAAAUGGCUCAGGAAUCAGUCAGCAAGUUGACGUCAGAGAAGAAAGUGGAGACAAAGAAAAUCAACCCUACAGCUAGUCUGAAAGAAAGACUGCGUCAGAAGGAAGCCAGUGUGACUAGCAACUAACACAGAGACACGUGAAAAGGAUGACAACAGAGAUGUAGUACCUGCAUGAUCCUUUCCAACACCAGUGCUGCAGGAAGUUCUUGAAAGAUAUGUUACUAAAUGUUUGUUUUGCUGAUCUCUGUCUGAGGUCAUCCGCAGUGAGCACCCUGUGCCUUCUUAAAGUCCCUUAUUAAGCCACAGGAACAAUGAAAAGCUGUUUAAGGGAACAUUGCAGGAGUAUUUGAUAAUUGUUUCUUGUGGAGGUCCAAGGUCCACUCCGUUAUAAGACCAGAAGAAAUACCAAGAUUUUCCACUUUUUUUUUUAAAGCAGAGAUUUCAAACUUUCUAACCCAAGCUUGAUAUAUGUAAACUUGUAACAGAAGAAGAGAAGGAUCUUUUAUGACAUUUGCCUUGAGAGAGUUCAAGCCUUGGUCUUUACACACUGCUGGUUUGAUUAUUCGUCUUAAUUUUGAUCCUAUUUCAGCAAGAUCCUGAAGCAUCUUUCACCGAAAAUGUUGAAACUUACCAAAACUAUAUUUAAAGAGGUUCAAGACUCUAUUUCCCAGACUAGAGAAAUGGUUAUUUUGUUGUUCAUGUAAUGGAAAGGACAGAAAAUGGAAUUAUACGUGGAUGUGAGGAGGGGUUAAAUAGCCAUAAACUUCAUCCUGGAAAACAUGUUAUGAUACAAGGAGUUGACAUCAGCCAUUAAGCAAGACCCAUUCUUUUGUUUUUGUAUCAAUUCAUUUUGUUUUCCUGGACCAGCAGGGAUUCUCCACCCCACACCCAAAAGAAACAGUGAUACUUGAGCAGGGACAGACUUGGGGUCAAAGCACCUGCUUCGACAUGUAACCCAGUAACAGAGCACAUUUCACAUUUCAGACCGUUCGUGAAUGGCUAAUGCCAUGUUGACAUGCAGCUGAGCUCUACGUAACGUUCUGGGUCUGUGAGCAGCUGGACCUUUCCCGCCAACACCAGGAGGCGGCUUCCAGACAGAAGAGCAAAUGCUACCCGCAGCCCUUUAUCAUAACUUUGACUGACAGGCAUGUGACGUAGAGUGAAGCCAGAGGUCUUUGAUGUUGAAAAAAUUAAAGACAGGAAAGAAGUUCUUUACGUCCAAGUGAAAAGAGGAUGAUUACAUUAAUAUUCAAAUUUGUGUGGAAUAUCAUGCAUAAGCAGCUUUUUCUGACCCUGGCAGCCCAUAUGACCACUGCCCCUUGAGUCACAAGAGAAACCACCUUGGACCUCUCCCCUGACAUUUUUUCUGUAAGCCAUCACUCUUCGAAUCUAUCUUAUGAGGGAAGAAGAAAUGGGACUGGGGGUGAGUUGAGAAUAGGAUCAGAGACUAUCAGGGUUUGGUCUUGAAGGGAGAGAGGUCCAAGCUUUCUCCUCCAAUUAGUGGAGGACAGUCAAGAGAUGAGCAAGAACCUUAAAACUCUCCCAAUCUGUCUGCCAUGUGUGGCCUGCCCCUUGGCCCAGCAUCUUCCCAGAACCUUUCAACUUGCCAGACGCCCAAGCGUCUACCCAGGACAUGCCUGCCAGUCAUCAACCCCCUCAGGGACUCCAUAAUAGAUUCAGCUAAUUAAAGCAGCACCAUAUCCUAAUAUAAUGCCCAUCUCGGUAAUCAGGAUCACACAGUCAGGAUCAAACCAAGUCACAGAAGCCAUAUUCCUGCAGGUGCUAACCACCUUUUCUAACAAUUCAAAAGAAAGGAAUAUGGUAACAUAGUUGAGUUGAGGAUUUUUUUGUUUUUUCAAUUCAUAAUAAAAGGAUGAGACAAGCAAAAUAGAAAAGCUAGGAAGGAACUUACAUGACUAAAAGAAGUGGCUUGUGAGCGAGAAGGUUUUCAUACUGCUUUCUUAUAUUGUUUCUCUUCAUUUUCACUUAAGUGUGAAGAAAACCUAAGGAAUUCAUCAAUUUAAAACAAAUUCCACUUACAGCCAUCCUGUGCUUUGUGACAUUCCUUCUAGUAUUAUCAUGCAAAAGAAAAGUGUUUGUUUUCCCCAUGCCUUGGGAACGAACUUUGAGUUCAGUCUAGAUCCUUAUGGGUCCUUAUAGACUUGAUGGGAGAGAGCAGCAAGUGGCUUUCCGUGGAGUCACGUAGCCCACUUCAGGUCUCGAAGUAGGAUGCUCAAAAGAAAAUUACUGAAAGCAAAUAAGACUGUCACUGGCCACAUAACCCUGCAAGAACAUGCUCUCAGGGAACCAAUGCUGAAGAAUAAUGAGUGGAAACAUUUAAUCUGAGAGUUAGACAAAUGUGGCCCAAGUUGAAUUUCAUCCUAGUGGACACACUAGAAACUGGAUGUAAAAUACCUAUUUCUAAAGAGUGAAGUUUGCCUGCCUCUGUUGGGGAAACCUUAUGAUUUUGUGAGACUUGUCAAACGUAGUAUGGUAGUGUAUUAAAACAGCAUGGCAGAAGCGCCAUUAUUCUCACCCAGUUUGAAUCCUGCAUUAUGUAUCUAGAUGCUCCCUCCCCAGUCCACACAUGUACCACAUUGUUGACGUAGCCUUCAUUUCUAACCUAAGUAGAUGCUCAGUAAAAGUUCACAAGAGUUCGUUCAAGGUGGGCCAUCUAAAACAACCUGGAGGCCCUUAAAAUGGUCCCUCUAAAAUGCAGUUGAGGUUGUGUUCAAUGCAACAGGUGUCUCUACACUUUUCAUGGAGAGGAAGUAGUUGGGGUACCACUUAACUGCUUGAGCAUUUCAGGCAAGCAGGGUUUAAGUGGCUGUUGUAAGCACAGCCCUCCCUGAACUACAUGGAGAGUGGCCAGUAUUGCUACUCUCUCUUUAACCACUCACACCAGACUUACUAGUUGACUCUGAGAAAACUUAACCUAGAAACAAUGUCAUCUCUUCCUAGCCAAGAUUCAUUAAAACCAAGGAUACAAUCGGACAGCAGUUCAGAUUCUUGCAUGAGUAACUGGCAUAAUCGUCGAGCACCUAAAUAUAUCAGAUAUUACACUAAAGCAUGCUAUAAACUUGUUAGGUAAAAAACAUCAGACCUGUGAAGUGUCAAAAAUCAGGUUAGACAGAGGUGUGCUAUUGGUUUUUACCCCAAGCAGAGGCAGCCUAUGGGGUGGGGGGAGAGUGUGGCCAAGCAGAAAUGGAUGAAUAUGAUGAUGGCAGAGGCCAAAAGGUCACACAUGACCAACCUGCUGCCCAACAGUUGCCUUUUGAAUCCUUGAGUUGACGUCUAUGAUGUCUCUUCAGACGCUCACUGCGAGUACCUAGGAAUUAUGGAGAAAGAGUUUCUGAAAUCUGGGAAGGAGACUAAGGACCCAGUGGUGCUAUUCCAUCUUGAAAUGUUCUAGCCUGAGCAAAUUGGCAACAUGGUUGAGGGAUUGAAUGCCACAUUGGGUGUUGGUCUCUGACCCUCUCAUCCCCCCCAGUAAGGUCAGUGGAAGCUGGAGACCUGCUGACCCUACCUUAGGCACCUCCUUUUUCCAUAAGUACCAUAAGGAAAGGCAUUUCCUAUAUGAGAAGCUCAUAUGCUGCUGGUGGAGAAACUGGGAAAACUGAAGGAAGGAGUAAACCUCUUUGUUAGUAUUGGAAACCUACAAAGAGAUAAAGCCAUCAGUUCAGUUCUUCCAAGGGCCAGGAUCCAAUGUAGCAGAAGAGAUGUAUUUUUGGUAAGAUUUGCUUGUUGGCCUGGGAUUGCACAUCUCUUCAUAGAUUAUACCACCUGCAAUGGGGGAGUUUUUACUUUAAUUAUAUUCUUGCUUUCUUGAACGUUAUAUUUUCUCAUUUCUAUUUCUACUUCUCCCUUGCCUGGCGUCCUUGACAUAGAUCAUUGCAUAUGGCAGUGUGGCUAACAGCACCUCGUCAGUGUAUGAAGAGGAAUUAGCAAUACAGAUCUGCAGCCUCUUUCCCGGUAACCAGACUAUAACAUUGACAGGGGAACCUCUUCAUUUCCUGACAUUCUAAAUUCGUCUAUUUUGUAGUACUAUCUCCUCCCCGCCAAACAAAGAUAAAACCAAUCUGGGGCUUUCUGUGUCAAGGGGAGGGAAGAAGUCCAGAAAAUAUAGCUUUUUUCCCCCUGAAUAUCCAAUGCAGAUAUCAAAUAUCCAGUUUUAUUAAGUAGUUUAAAUUGUCUAAAAAUCACUAACAAGAACUGUUAGUUUUGAGCUUCAUUUUUCUUUGAUCUUGCUUUGAUCUUCUAAUCAGGAACAAAUUACCAAAAGGCAGAAGGGAAAGAAAGCACCAGCAGAUAUGGUAAUCCACAAAUUAAUUAGUUCCUGAAUCACAAAAAAUGGACGUACUGUGAAAUCUAAUGUUGUGGAAGUCCUAAGCACAUAAGAAUUUGAACAGCUGUGAGGGCUGUUGAGUGUAGACAAAGUAAGAGUUGUCCACUGCCUGCUUGAGACUUUAACCUAAACCAGCGGAUUUUUAGAGUGUGGAUUCAAAAGAGUCGUGUCGCUCUGAACAGUUUAUUUUUGAAGAAGCCGCAGGCAAGGAGAAGUGGUGUGAUACAGUGGGAGUGCUAAACCAUUACAAUUUUCUUACUCUGGGGUCUCUCUUAAGUUUAUAAAUGUGUGGAACAUCCAGAAGACCAUGAAUACCACCUUUCCUGUAUCAGGAUUUUACCUUUAGGAACACUAUAACUGAAGAGAGUGGAUUGAAUAAAGAAAUAACUUUCCUUCAUGUCAGCUACUUUGUCAUCAUGAAGAAAUCUUCACCAUGAAAGAAACAAAGUCUAUGUGGCCAAACUAAAAGUAUUUGAAAAGAAUGGAUAAUUUUUGGCCUUUCCAAAAUGUAAGUAACUUGUUGGAUGUAUUUCCAUUUUCCAGCUAUAGAGAGAAACAAUCCAGCUGCUUGGAACUUUCUCUAUUAUUGGUGCAGAAGUCACUCAAAGAAAAGCACCUUCAGAAGCAGACCUCAGCAGAUCUGGCUCCUUGAGACUCACAUAACAGUAUUAGCAAUUGGAUCCAGGCAUAACUAAACUCGGUUACCCAGCUGUAGGUGACUGAGAGGCCCAUUUUGUGUCAUUUCUGCGCUUGGUCAGUUGUUGACACCUUGUUGGAGGCAUUGAAUUUUAGUUUCACAAUUCUUCAUUUCCACUCCCAAGGAGUGGGCAAUCUACCAAACCCUUCCAGAUCAACACUUUGCUGGGAAGUAGUGAAUUCAAGAGAGUUUUAACAUGUCAAACUUGAAGCCAAUUCAGUAACCUUAUUUGUUCCAAGACUCUUAAUCAACACUGUGAUGUAAACUUAGCAUCUGGGAAAUUUGUGUAGUUGACAACUUACUUGGCAAUGUGAAGAUAUGAAAAUGGCUAGCUACCCCCAGCUAGCUAACCCUGUCUUCUAAGCCCCUGUGCAGUUUCUACCAAUGAAGAGAUGAGAGAAACAAAUCAAGCCUCAUUCGGUAGGUUGUCUGUCCUCAAAUGGAGCUUAUUGGAUUCAUUUCCCCUCCAUCUGCAGCCUCUCUCCCAACCGCCCUGGUGAUAAACAGUAGCAUAGAAGGCCUUUCCCUUCUCAUCCUUCCCGUCUCUGGUAUGGCUGUGUCUGGUAUGACAGUUCACUUCAGUCAAGAGCUCAAAUGAACUCUUGCGUAUUACAUCUAUGAAGUACUAUGAAGUAUCUUCUCCAUUCUAUGAUCUGGGGAAGACUGACUUCAUCUGAAUUUUUUAUAUGAAAGUGGUAGCAAAAGCCUUUAAUUUAUUCUUCUACAUGCCAUGUAUACUCAUAUAAUUUUCUGGGUUUUUUUUAAUCUUCUCUUAAAUAUACUAAGAAUCUUCAGUCUAGCUCCUUUUCUAAAAGCUGAUCCAAAUACUUCUUUGGGCUAUUUUUUAAUGCUGUGUGUGAAAUUUGAUAGUAUUGGGCUAGCAAAAUGCAAAUGAGCCCACAGUUUCCGGCAGAAAUUCACCUCCAAAGAAUUUGGCAUCCUUCUCCAUGAAGUAAACAACCUUCUACCAUACUCAUGUAGCCUGAGCAUUUUCCUAAAUUUCUCCUGUACAGACACCGAGGGGCUCUCUGUCUUUGAAACUGUAAAAAUGUCUGAAAGAGAAUGGAUAUUUCUCCCAUACAUAGUGUGAGCUGCCAAUGCGUUAUAUUUAGUAUAUCAUGUAAGAAAUCAAACAUUUUCAGGUGAGCAUGCACAGUGCUUUGUCAGUGUCUUUGGCAAACUUGUACCUGCUUUCCUUCAUUCUUCUCUUCAAGGCUUGCUUCCAUUCUCGUCUCAUGAAACAAACAUGUUCUUGAUUGUUCAUCUGGGUCAGCUUUCCAGGUCUGCUUUUCCAAAAUGAAAGGCUCGUCCCAAAGACCACUGAAUAUACAGGGAAAUUACUGUCUACCUCCCCGUGACACAGAUGAUAGAUGUGUUCAGGAAUGAACAAUUCUCUGGGAACUCUUAGGAUGGAUUUUGAAUUCCAGAUUUCUUUCUAUAUGAAGCAUUCCAAAAUGGAUUUAUACCAUGCAAAAACUGUGCUGUUUUUCCCAGUAAGAAACUAGAAAGAGAUUAAAAAUCUUUACGUUUUAGAUAGGCUUGAAUGAACUAUAAAUUGCUCAUUGUUUUCCUUUCUUCUUGGUAACUUGUCCCUAGCUAUAGUCUUAUUUCUUCAAAUCUGACCACCAAGGCAUAAGGGAGGUGGUCGUGGCCCCACAGAGAAUGCACUCUGCGUAAUCUUCCAAAGAUGUCUAUUUCCUUUGGAAACAAAUCCAUGAGUGAGGAGGAAAGUCUAGUGACAAUUCUCCUGUCUGCCCAGGGUGACGCAAAUAGGAUUUUUUUAGUCUACCAAAGGGAUAGGUUUAUUCCAAGUCAUUAACUUUACAAUUCUGCAAUUCUUUAAUUUCCCAAGACACAAAUAAUGUGACCCUACUGUUAGUAGGAUGUAUAAUCUUCAAAGAGAUAAGUAUUAAGGAAAAAAGAACUUCCCUUUAAAGAAACAAUCUAAGAUACUCCUAAAAUAAGGCAGAAACUUUUAAAGUUAGAAAUUGAAUAAUUUUUAGGAUUCUUUAGAGAAAACAUGUGGUUGAUUGAUUGUACUCUUUUCCUUUUAUUGAGUUGUAAUUUAGACUAGGAGGGGAAGCAAGGUGCCCCUGGAGUUUGAUUUAGUGGAUUGUGCUUUGGCCUGGAAAAUCAACACCGGCCUGCUUGGCCAGAACCUAAGUGAAAUCAGUCAGCAUCCUAAUAGUAAUCGUGCCGAACAGAAAUGUAAAUUAUUUCAAUUCUGUUAGGCUUUAAUUUUCUUAACAACACCCUGGAUGCUGCUUCCUAAAAUGCAUUUGAUCAGUGCAGUUGUGUGUCUUCAUUCAGCCUUGUGAGAUUACAAGUGAUGGGAUGAGGGAGAAGAAAAGGAGACAGGGGAGAAGGAAAAUCUGAACAAGACCAGUACAGUGUUUUGCUGAAAUUACGCGUUGUUAGGGAGCUGGUGAUUUUUGCCAUGGUUGUAGCAUGGGUGGCCUUGGAAACUCAAGGAAUCUGUAUUGGGCAAAUGAGAGUAUCUGGUAUCUUGUAUUGGUCAGUGCCUGACAAGGUGCUGGAAAAGCAGGUACCCCAAUGAAAUGCCUGUGCUUGCUUUAAUAACUCCAUUAAAUUCAGAUUCAUUUCCACGGGGUUGGUUGUCCAUGGACCUUCCUGUUUUCUCUAUGAGUGCCCAAAAGUCAUUUUGGCAUCUAGCUUCAUUUUACUUUUCUCCUUUCAGUACUUCUGCUUCGACCUCCCCUUUCUUCACACCCCACAGCUAUUUUUUCCUCACUUUACCUGUACAGUUUCUCCAGGGCCCAGCUUUUUUCACCUCUUCCCAUCACAGACAGCCGAAUGUCUCCCUGAGCCCUUGCUCCAUCCCCUAGCCCUUUGCACAGGGCGCUCCACUGUCACCAAGUGAGACACAGUGCUGUGACUGCCUCUUGUUAAUGUCAGCGUCACCUCAUCACUUAGGCAAAGAGGGAAAAAUCCAUAAAAGAGGUGGAAAAUACAUUUCUUUUUCAUUUUAUUCUACUUUAUUUUAAGAAGUUUGAGGGGAGGGUUGUUCUAGUCCUUCUUGAUUUCUCAUAGAUUUUACUUUAAAACUGUCUAAUUAGGAGCCAUUUGUUUGAUAAAUUAUGUCAGUCCAGAUCACCAGGUAUGAUGCAUAAGUCUAAAUUUUUGAAUCUCAAGUAACUUUUCUGUGCUGCUGGACAAAUUGACUUAAUUCUGUGCAAACAUUUGGAAAUGUACACUUUUUAUUGCUACUCCAUUCUUACUGCUACUCAUGAUUCAAACAUCUACAGAAAUCUGGAUCAGGAUGUUGACAGUGUGGGGUUAUUUUCAGAUCAAGAGUAACUGUUACACUCUUGAAAGCUCUUAAAAAGAAAGUAUAAGCAUUUCCUAAAAAUUCAACCAUUUGAUCUGGAAAGACAUUGGCUUUUCUAUUUAGUUAAGUAUAAGACCAAUCUGUUGGUGGAAUCUUAAAGGAUUUUAAGCAAUAAUGAAGACAGUUCAAGAAAUGAGAAGGCACUUUAAAGACAUGAAACCUUACAUUACAUGCUUUUGGAUAUUUUUUUAAUGUAAUAAGCUAAUUGGAUUCAGGUAUUUUUCCCUUUAAAUUUUUAAAAAUAUGUAUUUCUAAUUUGUUUGCAUAUUUAAUUUUGUCAAAGCGGAGAAAUUCUCAUUAGUUGAAUUUGUAAAUGUCGUUUGCAACCAAAUGAAGUAUUUAUUUUUAAAAAGAAAGGAUGAAGGAACCAAUAUUGACUUGUACAUAAUGAAAAUGUGUGUGUGUGUGUACAUAUAUAUUUUCCUCCUUGACACUACUUGAUCACCACAUCAAGUGUAUUUUUGUACAUUAUAUAUUGGUUACAAAAUGUCAAUUGUCUAUUCAAAGAAUUCUAUCUCUGUGAUAGACUAUAUUUAUCCUAAUCUGUUGAUACCUAAGUUAAUUUGUUUUAAGAGAUAGAACUCUAUUUUUUGGAAUUUGCAGAGAACUGCAUUCAUGGCUUCCAGUUGUAAAUAUGCUAAGUGUAUUUUAAUAAAUCUUGGUUUCAUGUC